AGGGUGUGGAAAACAGGGCUUCCCGUCCGCUCAGCCGUACUUAAGCCACACGCCGGGAGGUUAGUAGUUGGGUGGGUGACCACCAGCGAAUCCCUUCUGUUGUAUGUUUUUGCUUUUUGUGUUUUAUUUUACCUAGAAUUAGUUUGCUUGCUUCUCUCGGGUAUAUUUUUGAUGUACGGAACAUCUAUGAGUCUGCAUUGUGUGUGGUGUGGUGUGGCGAAAUAG